AUGGCAGAGGACGGCUUUACUGUCGUCAGAGUCAAGAGGAAGAAAGAGGAUGACCCGGAUAAGGGACUCAGAGUCGAUUUGAAAAGACGCAAAAUCGAUGUGAAAUUCUCAUAUGCUGGAACUGUGGCUUCCAAAGAUGCGGAAGAUGCGAUUGCUUUAGUAACUCCUUCACGAAAGCGCAAGAAUCCAACAUCCUUGGACGAAGUGUCCGCGGUGAAGGAAAAAGUGUACGUAUUCUAG